UUGGACACCAUCAUCAUGAAGAACCCUGAACUGUAUACCAGUCAUGGUGGUUUUCAUGAGAACAGGAAGUCUUUGUCACAGCAGCUAGAACCUCCUUACACCACACAGCCAGUGCAUCGAACCUCUCGCUCGCUCAGCUCCACACAGCUGGUUCCUCCCGGCAGCAACAUGCAACAGGCCUUUAUCAUCUGUAACAUAGUACUGAUGAAAGGCCAGGGCAAGGGUCUGGGCUUCAGUAUUGUGGGUGGAAGAGACAGCAUGUAUGGACCAAUGGGGAUCUACGUGAAGACCAUUUUUCCUGGGGGGGCUGCGGCAGCUGAUGGACGGCUGCAAGAGGGAGACGAGAUCCUGGAGCUGAACGGAGAGUCUCUACACGGUCUGACUCACGACGAAGCUUUGCACAAAUUCAAACAAAUCAGAAAAGGCCUGUUGACUCUGGUGGUGAGGACCAGCCUCCGUGUAGAGGUCUUGUGUGGUCAAACCCAGGUGGCCCAGCUUUGCAGGUCGCGCUCCCUCAGCUCCACCACAGGGAUGGCGAGGGUCAGCGCUGACAUGGGAGGCUACAAUUACCUGACCAACACCUGCAGCAACACAGUGACCCACCCGAGUCAGCCCACUAAACCAAGGGACCGCGUCAUGAUGGAGAUUGUACUGCACAAAGAGGCUGGUGUUGGUCUGGGUAUCGGACUCUGCUGUGUUCCAUCAGCUGAUGGCUGCUCUGGGAUUUACAUCCACACCCUUUCACCUGGAUCUGUGGCACAUAUGGAUUGUAGACUCAGGUGUGGAGAUGAGAUUAUGGAGAUCAACGACAAUGUGGUCUACAGCAUGGCACUGAAUGACGUCUACACUGUCCUGAGCCACUGCAGCCCAGGUCCAGUCCACAUCAUCAUAAGUCGCCACCCUGAUCCCAACGUCUCAGAGCAGCAGCUGAACGAUGCAAUCACUCUGGCAGUGGAGAACAGCAAACCGAGGAGAGACAAGAGCCAAUGGACUGUUGACGGACUGCGCAGACCGGACACUUGCCCUCACGGUCGACAGAGGUGGGAGCCCUGUUUGGAGAGGAGUUUCAGUCAGCUGACAGUAGGAAGACAUCACAAGACCAUGACCCGCUCCUGCAGCGACACCAAUGGCCAGCAAUACAACCGCUGCCUCACCCUCCAGAACCUGCACCAGGAACAUCAUCACCCAGCGGGCCACAUCCACAGCCUCGAAGGACCUAAACCCGUGACGGACAUGUGGUCAGAAACCAGACUAUCUGUGCCCAUGUUUGAUGACUAUUAUAACAUCCCAUACAACUCUCCUGCAGCUAACCCUUCCAGUCAAAUGUCCCUGGAUCUAAGUGUGAAAAGCUCCAAGUCCAGCUGCCGGGUUCAGCUGGGAACUCCUCGAAGGCACUGCUGGCCUCAGGACGUGACCAGUGAGGAUGGCUAUAACGGAGACUCCAGUGGUUCUAGUGGAGGAUCCCCAAUCCGGGGCGAGAACCUGCAGACAUCACUCAGCAGUUGCCAGGAAGGAGAACGAAUUAGAGAACGAUGCAAAGGAAGGAAAGACGACUCCACUCAGCCAGACCCUGAAACGCACAACAAAAGGAGUCAGUGCACAGGAGAUUCCUCAGCCGUGCUCUGCUCACAUCGGAAUAGAGGAGCUCUGAAGAGGCAGCCUCGUGUUGAACAACCUUCCCAAGAGCACCUGCAGGACCCCUGGGUUCGUCUCUCAGAAGGAUCUCCUGAAAGUCUACCUGGAAUCCACCAGCACCACAUUGCUCACAGCACACAGUCCGUCAACACCGACUGUACUCCGACCACCAUGAGUUAUGAAGAGGAUGAGGCAGAACUCAACGGCACGUCCAUGGAUGUGAAUUCUGAUCCAACUUUCGACAUGAAUUCUAAAAGCACAUGCCAAAUUCCAGAACAACGGAAGGGGCCACCGGUGGCGCCCAAACCCACCUGGUUUCGCCAGAAUCUCAAGAAAAUUCGAGACGAGCAGGACCAGAAACAUCGAGCAAAACCUGCCGAGCUGAGGCAUGCCGGGGAAUUUAACCGAAACUUUGGAAUCAGAUCAGCUUCGUCUGGGUCCAGUCUCUCAAUCAAGCAGAAGAUCCACUCAUUCGAGACGUUUUCCAGUCCUCAGGCUGCAGAGAAGGGGAACUACAGGAAGCCUGUGGCCCCCUCCACCUCACUCCCUCUAGUGGAGAAAGUGGUCUCACCUGAGCCGAGUGCAAAAAGCAAGUAUGGGAUCCACGACGGGAUCCAAUCCAACAAGUCUACGAGUGUGCCAGAGGCAGAACUCACUGUCACGAGGUCCACCGUCCAGACCACCACGGAACAUCCACCCUCCGACACCAACCACACUGAUCCUGACCCUGAUCCAGUCUGUGAUGACCAGGAGGACCUACAGCCACCACAGACCACUGAGGUGGACAGGGUGGAUGUGAAUGAAGAUGUACUUCCUGCUGUAUGUACUACAACCAUUCUGGCAGAAGAAGAAAGUCCUCCAGAGGUGGUGGAGGAGGUUGAAGCAGAAAGCCAAGAAAAGCCUCUGAACACAACUACAAGCACUGGUCAACCACCGGAGAGCGCCCCCGGGAGGGGAAUAGAGGAAGAGAGUUUAGACAAAAUACUUGCAUUUGGCAACCAGGUGUCACAGGCCUUGAUGCGCCAUGGAAACCCCCGGACUCCACAGACCCCAUCAUCAGGGGACGUCACCAACCCUGGUGAAUCUGAGGACUCUGCUGCAGACAGCACUGACCCAGGUUUCUCUGUCAGCUUGGCCAAGCUGAGAGAAUUCACCAUUGAUCAAGAGGAGGGGGCAUCACAUGACCAGGCAGCAGUCACUUCCUCAUGUGCUCAGACUGUCAUCUCAGCCAUCCCUCCACAGGAAGUACAGAGGCUGAUUCAGGAAGUGUCGAGUCUAGAUGAAGAGACUUUGAAGUUGGUGGACAUCCAUGUUGUUAUACUGCACAAGGAGGAGGGGGCGGGGCUGGGAUUCAGCAUCGCUGGAGGUUCUGACCUGGAGAGUAAAGCUCUGACUGUCCACAAAGUGUUCCCCAGCGGUCUGGCAGCCCAGGAGGGCACCAUCCAGAAAGGAGACGAGGUGUUGUCCAUUAACGGACAAACGCUGCGCGGCGUCACACAUGCCGAAGCCACAGCGUCUCUGCGCCAGACUCGUGGUCUUAAGUUAGCCGUGGUGGUCAUUAACAAGAGAUCUGAGGAGGAGGAAAAGGAGGAGGAGUCAGGCUGUAAGAGCGAGGAGCAGAGAUGUUCAGUGGAGGAGCAGGGAGCUCCGGUUCAUGUAGUGCUGGAGAAAGGAGCUGGAGGAGUGGGUUUUACUCUGGAAGGAGGAAAAGGUUCGAUCCACGGAGACAAACCUCUGGUCGUCAACAGGAUCUUCACUGGUGGCGCUGCAGAGCAGUGUGGUCUGCAGUGUGGUGACGAGCUGCUGCAGGUUCAAGGAGUCUCUCUGCAGGACAUGACACGGUUCGAGGCCUGGAAUAUGAUCAAGGCCUUACCUGAAGGGGCCGUCAGCGCACUGAUCAGGAGGAGGGCCACCACCACAGAUUGAGACCACCUGAAACUAAUCAAUAAUGAAAAAAAAAAUAAACAUAGACAAAUAACAUAAAAAAUAUACAAAAAAAAAAAUAAACAAAGACACUCCACUGAUGGCCUAAUAAUGAAGUGUUUGACUUCAGAUAUCAGUCAACACAUUUUAAUCCUUAGUCUUUUUACUGUAGACAUUUUUAAAGUUCAGGUUUUUUUCUGAGUGGAUGUACACCGGUAUACAGGUACCGACAACACCGACACCUGAGCUCACGUCAUCAAAUCUUCGGCAGCUGAAGUCCACAGCGCCCUCAUGUGUUACUUGGACAAAUACUGAUGUAAUACAGAGGAAUUAAAAUAACUACAGGUCAUGAGGUACCUACUAUACAUCAAAACCAGAACUAUUACUUACGGCUAGUGGUUCUCAACCCCAGGUACGCAUACCACUGGCGGUACUUUGGCUCCCCCUAGUGAAAUCCAGUGGUGAAGCAUGCCUUUGGCUGAUGAAUUCAUUUUCUGGCUUUAGCUGAAGAGGAUAGAACUAUGUUGCUGGUACAAGAAUUACUUGAAGAGACAAAUAUUUUCACAAGUGGUACACAGUGUAAAACAUUUAAGAACCACUGAUUUAGGACGUUUACUCUAAAAUGUACACACAUUAUUGUCAUCAUCUUCCAGUCUUGUCAUCGUCACAAGUGAAUAAAAUCAUUUGCACAAAU